AUGCGGGCGUUCCUGCGUUUUCCUGCCGUCUCUCUGGCGUUCGUCCUCUUCCUGCACACCUCCAUUGUCGUAAAGGCGGACUGCGACCUCAGUAUUGGGUUCUUCAGCCUUCCCACGGUUCUGCUCAAGGGCUAUGCCUCGCACGCUUACCUCAAGACAGGAGCCAUGACCCGCAGUAACCCCUUCCCCUACGCUAAAAUCAGUACCUUGGCCAUCGAAAGCUGGAAUAUCUGCGUCCCCUGCGAUAGCGCCGAGUGUGCCUGUUCCUACAUCCAGAUAAUUGAGUGUUUGCCAGAAGGCGUGGAGAAGUGCGAAUCCCCAAACGCCCCAGAAUGGGCCACCAUUGGUACUGGGAACAACGGAUUCGCGAAUCAUGGCAACUACAACUUAGGCUACAAGAACAACGGCAACGGCAACAUCGGGACAUCCAAUGUUGGGAACAACAACAUUGGGGAAUCGAUCAUCUGCAACAACAAGCGUGGCGAUUCCCCGCGCAAGGGUUACGGAGGCGGAGCGUUCGUUGCCAAGACCAUCAGUAUUUCCGAGACCUCGCCCUUUGACUUCCCAAUCAAUUGCGUCGCAAACAGGGAUGGCAACGUCGGCACCGGGAACGUCGGGAAGAACAACUACGGCAACUACAACAUCGGAGAUGGAAACUUUGGCAACCACAACAAGGGGAACAACAACGUUGGAAACUGGCUCGUGGGCGACAAGUUCACAUGCAACUACGCAAACACCAGCGCUUGCGCCCUUUUCUUCCUGAGAACCGAGGACACCCUGGACGUCACCCCUCCACCCCCACCGUCCCCCCCACCAUCCCCGCCCCCCUCACAAGUGUGCGAUCCCCGCAACCCCAUCCUGGCCCUGCCCACAAUAGAGAGGAAGGGAUACACAGGAGCAGGGUAUUGGGAGGUGGUCAACGUGGCCCCAGAUGCUCCUUUCACUCCGUUCCAGAUCGCCUCGCUCAACCCUGAGACGCUGGAGAUCUGCACCCCAACCAAGUCGUACCACUGCCCAGCCCUCACUGUGGUCGAGUGCCUCGCCAAUGGCGUGCCGAGAUGCGUACAGGAUGCGAAUGGGAACCUGGGCAACGGCAACGUGGGGUCUCACAACAUCGGGCACAACAAUCAAGGCAGUAACAACAGAGUGUGCGAUCCCCGCAACCCCAUCCUGGCCCUGCCCACAAUAGAGAGGAAGGGAUACACAGGAGCAGGGUAUUGGGAGGUGGUCAACGUGGCCCCAGAUGCUCCUUUCACUCCGUUCCAGAUCGCCUCGCUCAACCCUGAGACGCUGGAGAUCUGCACCCCAACCAAGUCGUAUCACUGCCCAGCCCUCACUGUGGUCGAGUGCCUCGCCAAUGGCGUGCCGAGAUGCGUACAGGAUGCGAAUGGGAACCUGGGCAACGGCAACCCCUUCUCCAGCCCCUACCCCUGCCCCACACCCCUCACCAGUCACACCCGCGCCUGCCCCGGCAAGUCCUCCGACGGCCAUCAGUCCCUCUCCAGCCGCACCAAGUCCAACCCCAGCACCAGCCUCCCCCCCUAA